AACACAAAACACUGUAAAACCCUAGCAAAGUCUCUCUCUCUCAGUCCCUCUGCACCAGAAAUCAGCCCCAUGGCGCAGAACCUUCUCCGCCUCCGGCGAAGCCUAAGCAGCAGCAGCAGCCUCGUCGCAAAUCUCCACCGUUCUCUAUCGUCCACCUCCGCACUCUCCUCUGUCCCACGCUCCUCUUCCCCUUCCCCUUCCUCCUCCUCCUCCGCCGUUGUUCAAUCUCUCCAAUUCCGAUUCCAAUCUCGAUCAUUCAGGUCGUCCUCCUUCUCUUCUGCACGGCCGCCUUACGGUAGCAACAACCAAAAUGACGAGAUUGGCCCCGACACCAUACUCUUCGAAGGCUGCGAUUACAACCACUGGCUCAUCGUCAUGGAUUUCCCCAGAGAUAACAAGCCUUCUCCCGAAGAGAUGGUCAGAACUUAUGAGGAAACCUGUGCUAGAGGCUUGAAUAUCAGUGUGGAAGAGGCAAAAAAGAAAAUUUAUGCUUGUAGCACAACAACGUAUACAGGCUUUCAGGUGUUGAUGACUGAGGAAGAGUCUGAGAAGUUUAAUGGUGUAUCUGGAGUUAUUUUUGUGUUGCCCGAUUCUUACAUUGAUCCACAAAACAAGGAGUAUGGAGGAGACAAAUAUGAAAAUGGGAAAAUUACACCCAGACCGCCCCCAUUUCAGUAUGAGAGGCAGGGCUCAAGAUACCGUGAUCGUAACAGAUACGAGCGACAAGGACCAAUGCCAAAUCAGCAAGGGAAUUCCUCGUAUGGCCAACAGGGUUCUCCACAAGGUGGAGGAAACUAUAGGACUUCACAAAAUUAUCCACCCCAGACUUAUGCCCCACCAGUACAAGGGGAACACAGAGGUCAUACACCAGUUAAUUCCCCUGGAGGAAGGGACGCAUAUCAGCCAGGUAGAGGUCCAACUCCUUCAUAUCAGGGCAAUUACAACCAACAGGUGCAAGGGAACAGACCACAAGGAGAGCAGAGUACAUAUGCUCCUCCUGGUCAAGGGGAAUAUAGGGGUAAUGAUGGGACUUAUGGUUAUGGGCAAGGUCCAAGCUCUGGAACUCAUGGACAUGGUUUGAGUGGGCUUCAAGGCCCGGGAACAGGUGGAUCUUAUGGGCAAGGACCCAGUGGUGGAUCUUAUGGACAAGGACCGAGUGGUGGAGGUUAUGGGCAAGGACCGAGUGCUGCAGGUUAUGGGCAAGGACCGAGUGCCGCAGGUUAUGGUCAAGGACCGAGUGCCGCAGGUUAUGGUCAAGGACCGAGUGCCGCAGGUUAUGGUCAAGGACCGAGUGCCGGAAGUUAUGGCCAAGGACCGAGAGCUGGAGCUUCUGGACAAGGACCUGUAUCUAGUGCUCAAGUCCAAGGACCCAGUGCUGGCUACCCUGGGCAUGGAGAUCAGAGUUUCACCCAAGAGGAGCCAAGGAGAAUGCAAGGAGAACAAACAAACUAUGCAUACAUGGGACAGACAGGAACUGACCAAGGAAGAUAUUAGUGAUGUGUCACUCGCAGUAAUGCAAAUAUGGAUCAAGGAAGGACUUAUGACUCAUUUCAUACUAUGUACCUUCUGAUGAAAAGCAAAAAUUUGAAUGUUUUGGAGUCUUUCUGUGCCAAAUAAUCAAUCUACUUUCAUCUGUGCGUCCCUUUUGGACUAGUGUAGUCAGAAAUUUUAGUUUUCCUCUGUUUCAUGAGCUUGAACGGAAUAUUUACUAAUUGAGUAUAUAAGUUUUCUAAGA